CCUCUGCUCUAUUUUUAGUUUUCAGUUUUACCCCCUCAAUUUGGUUAUUAUUACCAUAAGCACCAAACCCGCCAUCGACGAGGAUUCUCUUUAAUACCAGCUAAGCAAAUCUUACUCUUGACGAGUGAGAUGUGAAGAAGAUUUGACAAUGCCGGAGCUAGGGUUUGACGAUAACAGCUCGGGGAGAUCAUCGGCAUCUAGAGCUCGCGAUGCCAGUCCUGACUCUGUCAUCUUCACUCUCGACUCUAACUUCUUCUCCUCUGCUUCUGCCAGCGUCGAUCGCGACUCUUUUGCCUCCGAGAUCUCUCUGCAUUUGGCAGCACAUGAUGUUGAUCAGCACGAGAGUUCCAGUGGUCCAGAUCCAGAUCCACAAAAAGCAAUACACAGCCGUCUCUCCCGAAAAGGUGAUAAAGCGAAAGUUCGAAAAGAAAACAACAACGAAACUGCAGCUGUAGAAGACAAUAACAUAGACCUCGAUUCGGCUAGAAACUCUUUUUCAAUUGCUCUGAAAGAGUGUCAGGAACGAAGAUCCAGAUCUGAAGCGCAUUUGAAGAAGCUAGACAGACGAAGACCUGCUUCUCUAGAUCUCAACAAUGUUACAGCCUCUUCACCGCGAUUGGGAGGAAUGAAAAAGAGUUCCAUUUCUUCUCACAAGUCUGGUACGUUUCCAAGCCCAGGGACACCAAAUUAUCGGCACGCUGGUGUAGGAAUGCAAAAAGGCUGGAGCUCGGAGAGAGUGCCAUUGCAUACAAAUGGUAACAGAAGGCAGGUGGGUGCUGCCAUGUUGCCCCUGAAUAAUGGGAGGACAUUGCCGUCAAAAUGGGAAGAUGCUGAGAGAUGGAUAUUUAGUCCUGUUUCAGGAGACAGCGUUGUAAGACAGCCACUCCAGGCUACUCAAAGGAGGCCAAAGUCAAAGAGCGGACCCCUUGGCGCCCCUGGUGUUGCAUAUUAUUCAAUGUAUUCCCCUGCCAUGCCAUUGUUUGAAGGGGGAAAUGCAGGAAACUUCGUGGCAGAUUCUCCAUUUUCUGCAGGUGUAAUAACUGCGGAUGGAUUGGCUAUUCAUUCUGGCAGCCAUGGAGUGGCCUUUCCUAUGUGCACAGAGCCUUGCAUUGGCAGGUCAAUUAGCAUGCAUGGAUGCUCUGAGAUGCUAGCCCAGCAAUCAUUCCAUUCACAAGUUAAAAGUACAGAAGAAAGGCUCGAUGGAGUCAUGAAUGCAGCCACUGAUAUUUCACGCGUUGCUUCGAGUAGGGACAUGGCAACACAAAUGAGCCCUGAGAGUAGCACCAAUUCAUCUCCCAAAAGGAGAUCUUCUUUCUCCACCUCCACCCCGUCUGCACUACAGAUUGUUGAAGCACAGAGUGUUCAUUCCUCUAAAUCAGAAGUCAGGGAUGUGCAGGUUGAUGAAAGGGUCACGGUGACAAGGUGGUCCAAGAAACAGAGACCUCGCAUUCUGGGAAAGGGCUCAGAAAUGACUGAUGACUGGAGAAAGAAAGACAUGGUCACCCGAUCUUCAUCUUGGAAUAUUACAGAGACAGCAAAAAGCAUUUCUAAGGUCAAGAGAGAGGAAGCUAAAAUCACUGCAUGGGAAAACCUUCAGAAGGCAAAAGCUGAAGCGGCGAUUCGGAAACUAGAGAUGAAACUUGAAAAGAAGAGAUCUUCAUCAAUGGAUAAAAUUAUGACAAAGUUGAGAGCUGCUCAGAAGAAAGCACAAGAAAUGAGGAGCUCAAUAUUAGCUAACCAGGGGCAUCAAGUUACCAGAAGUUCCCAAAAGGCUGUAUCAUUUCGUAGAACCCGCCCAAUAAGUUCCUUGAGUGGUUGCUUUACAUGCCAUGCUUUCUAAUUUCUCGUCCUGCCAUCUGUUUCCGUGCUUCAAUCAACAUAAAUACCUGGUUAAGCAGAAUGAACUGUGGAGUCCAAGAAGAUGUUAGUGUCCAGGACCAGGCAAUGAAGGGUGAUAUCAUUCCAAGGAUAUGCAAUAUUUUUUUUUUGGUAAGUAAGGAUAUGCAAUCUUGCUAGAACAUGAAGCGCAAUUCUUUCAUUAAUAUCGAUCUCAGAAAUGCAAGAUCUUGUUGCUACGAGGUGGGAGGGUGUCAACUUAUGCAAGAACUCUUGAGUAAGAAUUCUUGUGCGCAUAUAUGUUUGUAAAUUAACAUUUAAGGUUUUCUUAUCAUAGAUAAUUUGUAUUGGAAACGAUCAUAACGUAAAUCCAAUUUGGUUUGGUGUUUCCAUAUAGUAGAUUCUAUAAGGUGGCAUACGUCCUUUGCCAUUCUGUGUCAAAAAAUUUCCAGAUUCUGGAUUGCUAUUUUCUUACGGUGUCCCUAAUAUUUGGUAUUGUAGUUUGUGUUCAGCACAAAUGUUGAGAAAAAUUAAGAAGAUGAAUGAUUAUGUACUUAGAGA